AUGGCCUCCAUGGAGGAGUUGGAGAUCCAUAGCAAAUCCUACUUUGUUCGUUGGGUGAAUGUCAAACCCGGCCACACCAUCUCCUGGAGCAUUCAGCCGCACAAGAAGUCCCUCAAUUUCGGGAUUUUCAAGCACCCCGGCCAUUCCGCCGUCUUGGGCUCCAACGGAGACCCUCAGAGCACCAACUCAACCGAAAAUCUGCCAUCCUCCGCAAGCACGCGAUCGAAUUCCUCCGUCCCGAUCCUCGACCGACUCGCUGGCUUCGGCUUAAAGCAGAUCCGCUGGCUCGGCAAAUGCGAGGCUGAGAAGAUCGUCAAAGGCACCUACGACGUGCCCGCGAAUGAGGGCGGAAAUUACGCCCUUGUCUUCGACAACACCUUUUCCAAGCAGAUCUCCAAGACCGUGACCCUCGUACUGCUCACCUACCCCACGGCGCUGCCUCCGCAGUCGGUACCAGUCCCACAUGCCGCUAGUCAGCCCUCUCAGACGACGGAAGCCCCCGAGGCGGGUGCGACUUCGCGGCGACGGGGUAACAGUACGGCUAAAUCGCUCCCGCAGACGAUUGACUGCGAUUCGGGCUUGAUUCAUACCGGUAUCCUACAGAAGAGACGCAGGAAGCGGCACCAGGGGUGGGCAAGACGAUUCUUCUCGCUGGAUUUCAAAUCCUCGACCCUGUCCUAUUAUCACGACCGCAAUUCCUCUGCCCUGCGAGGCUCAAUCCCCCUGUCUCUGGCGGCGGUGGCAUGCAGUGAGAGCACGCGGGAGAUUUCUAUCGACUCCGGCACCGAGAUUUGGCACUUGCGAGCAAGCAACGAUGAAGAGUUCACCUCGUGGAAACGGGCCCUCGAGAAAGCCUCUUCUUCCAAGACCCCGGCCGAGGAGGUCAUACCGCCGUCGCCGCUUCUGCGCGUGCCGUCGCAGCGUUUCGCUCCCCCUGUUGCUGACGAGCGCGAGUGGGGACGUAUUGAAGGACUGGUCAGCCAAGUGUCGGGGUCCAGAGACCUCAUUCGUCGGUUGGCCAGAGAUACGGAUCCGAAGUAUAUGAGCAGCGCCAAUGCACUCGAGCGACCCCGUGGCCGAUCUCCGAGCCCACCGCCUCGCGAACCCAACGGCGGUGAUUCCGAAUCUCGCGAAAAGCGUCCAUUCUGGAAACGAAAGACCAGCUCGGCAGCCCAACAGGGUGGUUACAAACGGCCUCCGACCGCCGUUGCCGCGUCCUCGUCCUCCCAGUUGGCGGUCCCGGCUCCAGGAAGCGGCGGAGAUACUGCUUCCCUCUCGGGUGAUCGGAAACCGAGCAGUAUUUCUAGUCACCCCGAUCAGAUUGAGGAGAUUCAUGAACAUCUUCUGACCGUUCUCCGGAACUUGGAUCAUGCCGUCAACGAGUUUUCUACUCUGAUCGCGGAGGGCAAACAGCGCCAACAGCGCCAACAGCGCCAACAGCAACCCAUUAUACCCAUUCAAUCCCGCCGCAGUUUUGAGUCGGACGUGUCGCAGGAAUUCUUCGACGCCGACGACGGUGGCGACGGGUCUCCGCUGUUGACUAUCCAGGACAGUGACGAUGAAGGCGCCGACAGCACCAAUAACGCCGACGCUGCGACGUCCAAGCCCGAGGAAGAUGUAGUGAUUGACGAUGCACCUUCAGACAGCGAGGAUGAAGAGUCCGACGUCCCCGCUCCCAAUAGCGACCGCUUCUCCUCUUUGUUCCCCGUUCGUCCUAAGUCUCUCACUCCGCUGCCGCUCAGCAAAGUGCCUCGUCGCUCGAACAUCCCCGCUCCCACGGUGAUGCCUCCUAGUCUGAUUGGCUUCCUCCGCAAGAAUGUCGGGAAGGACCUGUCGCAAAUUUCCAUGCCUGUGUCUUCCAAUGAACCGCUUUCUCUUCUGCAACGAGCGGCCGAGGUAGUGGAGUAUUCGGCACUCCUCGACCAUGCGGCCAGCGCUUCUGACCCUGUCGAGCGACUGGUCUAUGUGACGGCUUUCGCCCUUUCCUCGCUGUCCAACGGCCGGGUCCGCGAGCGCGCUAUCCGCAAACCCUUCAACCCCAUGCUCGGCGAAACGUACGAACUUGUCCGCGAAGACCUCGGGUUCCGAUUCAUCGCCGAGAAGGUCUCGCACAGGCCUGUGCAGCUCGCGUACCAGGCGGACAGCAAGGACUGGAGUCUUUCCCAAUCCCCCAUGCCGACUCAGAAGUUCUGGGGCAAGUCAGCUGAAAUCAUCACGGACGGCAAAAUGCGCCUGACCUUGCAUACCACCGGCGAGCAUUUCAGCUGGUCCUCGGCCACCUGUUUCCUGCGCAACAUCAUCGCCGGCGAGAAGUAUGUGGAGCCGGUCGGUGAGAUGUCUCUGGCCAACGAAACCAGUGGCCAGAAGACCGUCUCCGUCUUCAAGGCCGGCGGCAUGUUCUCCGGCCGCAGCGAGGAUGUCAGCACUAAGGCGGUGGACUCGUCCGGCCGCGAGCUUCCCCUGGGUCUCACUGGCACCUGGACUACCUCGCUCCAACUCACCAAGAACGGCUCGCCCACGAGCACCACGGUCUGGAAGGCCGGUCCGCUGGUGUCCAACGCACCCAAGCACUACGGCCUCACCACCUUCGCCUCGGCCCUCAACGAAAUCACACCUAUCGAAGAGAACAAGCUCCCUUCGACCGACUCGCGUAUGCGCCCAGAUCAGCGAGCCCUCGAGGACGGCGACGUGGACCGCGCCGAAGAAGUCAAGGUGAAGCAGGAAGAGGGCCAGCGAGCGCGCCGCCGCGAGAUGGAAGCCGCGGGCGAAUCGUGGACCCCACGCUGGUUCACCCGUGCAGAUGAUGACGGCGGCGACGAAGUUGCCUGGCGCUUGAAAUCCGGCAAGGACGGAUACUGGGACGAACGGUCUCGAGGCAGCUGGUCUAGUGUUACCCCGGUGUUUGAGCCGUAA